AUGGUCGUGUCUUCUCUGUUUCAUCCUUCAUUCUCCUCCACCAUCCUUUUCAACCCUCCAAAACCCAUCAUCAAUCUAAAUAACCACCGUUCACUCACCAUCACCACCGCAUCACUCGAUCCAUCUCCGAUCACAACCACCACCACCACCACCACCCCCUCCGCCUCCGAUAACAUCAAAGACGUAGCCCGCCGUCAUCCUUCCGCCGUCAACAACUUCACCGCCAAAUACGUCCCUUUCAAUGCCGGAUUCGAUUCCCCUGAAUCUUACUCCCUCGAUGAAAUCGUCUACCGAAGCAACUCCGGUGGUUUACUCGAUGUUCAUCACGAUAUGGAAGCACUCGCCAAAUUCGAUGGCGCGUACUGGCGCAACCUCUUUGACUCGCGCGUCGGGAAAACCACGUGGCCUUAUGGUUCCGGUGUAUGGAGUAAAAAGGAAUGGGUUCUACCGGAGAUUCAUCCCGAUGAUAUUGUUAGUGCUUUUGAAGGUAAUUCUAAUCUUUUUUGGGCUGAGCGUUUUGGCAAACAGUUUGUAGGCAUGAAUGAUCUUUGGGUUAAACACUGUGGUAUUAGUCAUACUGGAAGUUUUAAAGAUCUUGGAAUGACUGUGCUUGUUAGUCAGGUGAAUCGGCUCCGGAAAAUGAACCGUCCGUUGGUCGGAGUUGGUUGUGCUUCUACCGGUGAUACAUCGGCUGCACUUUCGGCUUAUUGUGCUUCGGCUGGAAUUCCUUCGAUUGUUUUCCUUCCGGCAAAUAAAAUCUCGACUGCACAGUUGAUUCAACCGGUUUCGAAUGGUGCAUUGGUGCUUAGUAUUGACACUGAUUUUGAUGGUUGUAUGAAGCUUAUUAGAGAAAUAACAUCUGAAUUGCCGAUUUAUUUGGCGAAUUCGUUGAAUAGUCUGAGAAUUGAGGGACAGAAAACUGCUGCUAUUGAGAUUUUGCAGCAGUUUGAUUGGCAGGUACCUGAUUGGGUUAUUGUUCCUGGUGGAAAUUUAGGGAACAUUUAUGCAUUUUACAAAGGUUUCAAAAUGUGUAAAGAUUUAGGUCUUGUUGAUAAGAUUCCAAGGCUUGUUUGUGCUCAAGCUGCAAAUGCAAAUCCAUUGUAUUUGUAUUAUAAAAAUGGGUGGAAAGAGUUUAAAGCAAUUACAGCUGAAAAAACAUUUGCUUCUGCUAUUCAGAUUGGUGAUCCUGUUUCAAUUGAUAGAGCUGUUUAUGCAUUGAAGAAUUCAGAUGGGAUUGUUGAGGAAGCUAGUGAAGAGGAACUGAUGGAUGCAAUGGCACUUGCUGAUUCAACUGGGAUGUUUAUAUGUCCUCAUACUGGUGUGGCUUUAACUGCUUUGAAUAAGCUUAGGAAAUCUGGUGUUAUAGGAUCUAGUGAAAGGGUUGUUGUUGUUAGUACUGCACAUGGAUUGAAGUUUGCAGAUAGUAAGAUUGAUUAUCAUUCUGGUAAUAUUCCCGGUAUAGGUCGUUACGCUAACCCACCUGUUUCUGUUAAGGCUGAUUUUGGUUCUGUUAUGGAUGUGUUGAAGGAUUUUCUGUUGAGUAAGGCACCAAAAUACUAGUAGUAAGUAGCAGUAGUACGAGGUUAAUUUGGAGUUGUCUUUUUCAGUUGACACCAUACUGUCACUCUCUAGUUAUACUUUAGCAAUGUGAUGUUAGUUAUUUAUGCUUUUGAUUUGAUCACAAGUUUGUGUUGAAUUUUUCAUGUACAAUUUUGUUUUAGACGGUUUUAUUUGAUGAAAUGAACAUUCUGGUUGUGGAAUUUCACUCUCUUUGGUGAACUACUUACACAAAUGUAGUACACAUUAUGUAACCUCAAGGCUGAUAAUUGAACUUCGUGAAGACUUUCUUACAA